UCGUUUUCCUCAGCCUCAGCAGCCGCGGCGGUGCCGGCGAUGAGCGAGCGGCCGCCGGGGAAGCGGGGAAGGCGCAGCCCUCAUUCGGCCUCCGCCCGCCGGCGGCGCUUCCUCCUCUCGUUGCCCUCGUCGCCUUAGAGCAGCAGGCGAUGUGGAGCUCUGGGGCCGCCGUGCUGCAGCUCCUCGCCCGGGCGACCAAGCACGCCGUUGCCCAGGGAUCCCGGCAGGACCUGAGCCGCUGGCUGCCUCGGCUGGGCGCUGCUGGGGAGCUGAGCGAGGCGGCGGCGGCGGCGGAAGGGCUGUGUUUUGGAGAGCAGAACGGGCUGCACCAUUAUGCUCAUCCUUGCCAGGACCAGGCGGCGGAGGUGCUGCUGUGCCAGCUGCCCGAUGCGGGACCCGGCUCGGCCGAAGGCAGGACGUGGCGCUGGUCGUGCUGCCUGCUGGGCACCUGCUGGUGCAAGAGCUGCCUGAGCGUGUGCUUCUUGGCGGCCCUGUGCUUCGCCUCGCUCGCCCUUGUGCGCCAGUACCUGCGCGACCUGAUGCUCUGGGCCGAGAGCUUGGACAGCCUGGCCGGCGUGCUGCUCUUCACCGUGGGCUUCAUCGUGGUCUCCUUCCCUUGCGGCUGGGGCUACAUUUUGCUUAAUGUGGCCGCGGGCUACCUCUAUGGCUUCGUGCUGGGCAUGGGCCUCAUGGUGCUGGGGGUCCUCAUUGGCACUUUCAUCUCUCAUGUGGUCUGCAAGAAGCUGCUGGCCCGAUGGGUACAAGCCAGGAUCCAGGGCAGUGAGAAGCUCAGCGCCGUCAUCCGUGUGGUGGAGGGAGGAAGUGGCCUCAAGGUGGUGGCCUUGGCUAGGCUCACCCCGAUACCCUUCGGGCUCCAAAACGCAAUCUUCUCUAUAACAGAUCUUUCUCUGCCUAACUACCUGAUGGCUUCCUCCAUUGGAUUGCUUCCAACUCAGCUCUUAAACUCCUACUUGGGCACCACCUUGCGCACAAUGGAGGAUGUUAUUGCAGAACAAAGUGUUAGUGGUUAUUUCAUAUUUAGUUUACAGAUUCUAAUAAGUAUAGGCUUCAUGUUUUAUGUUGUCCACCGGGCUCAAGUGGAGCUGAAUGCGGCCAUUGUUGCAUGUGAAAUGGAAAUGAAGACAUCACUUGUUCAAAGCAGUCAUUCAUGCAACAGCAGUUCAACAUUUUGCAACAAGAGGACGCUUGCAUUUUCUGGAGGAGGAGUCAAUAUUGUAUGAUUUCUCUUCUGCUCUCCCCCCUUCCCCCAAAGUAUUACAUUAGGAUGUUGUGAACCUGAAUAGCCUGACCUGUUGCCUAGACCUAACUCCUCUGAGCAUCUCAGCAAGACUUAAACCCCAAACAGGUGACAGAUGUACUUUGGCACAAAACCAUGCUGGUGGUUUUUAAAAAUUGCACAGUGGAUGGCAUUUUGCAAUGAAUCAAUAGGUGGCUAAGUAACUGUAAAUAUAGAUACAAGUUUGGCUGCACCUUUUUUCAUUAUUCGACUUGUCAUGGCCUGUAGCCUGCACUUUAGGUUCUAUUUGAGUUUUCUUCCACAAAUCUGAGAAAAAUAUCCCCAAGGUAAAUAUUUUUCUGCUUAGCAUUGUUUAUAAGGCUAAAUAAUAAUAUACGGUAGAUCUUUUAGUACUGGUGAAUGAGUGUAAAGUAUGCAACUUCAUGUACAGUACUUCUGAAUGUGCUUAGCUUUCAAAAUAUUUCCAGGAAGGAGUAUGUUCUCCCUCAAGGGCAGGUGAGCACUCAGCAUAGGGAAGGUCUUUCCUCCAGGGCUGCGAAGGCAAGACAAGCGCUUCCUGAGGAGGUAGCACCUCUCCCUAUACCCACAGUCAUUUUCCUGUCUGCGACAGGGAACAGGGUUUCUCUGGGUAUUCUCUAGUGACCCACUGGGAAAGAGGAACCCAAGGAGAAGGGGGAUUUUGCUAUUUCUGGGACCAUUUGGUUUCCCUUAUUCUUGUUUUCUGUUUCAGCUUGGGCUGAAGGGGGAGGGAAGGAAAUCUUUGGUUGAAUGUAUUUUUGUAAGCUACUGAAAUGUUGUGGAGCCAUUCAUAAUAUUCCACAUAAGUUUAAAUCCUACAUUGUGGGACUGAAGUGCUCUUAUAUAACAUUUUAAGUUACACUGUGUAAUAUGCAAAGUAAAAGGGGAACUACGGAGUAUAUGGUGGAUUGUGGCAAACAGCGGUCUGAAGCAGAACUGGCAAGGUGAAUGCAAGGCUUUGUUCUGACUGGGAAGUAACAAAAGGGCUCUUCCAUUACAACCCCAUUUCUAGUUAAUAAUACAGUGUUUUUGUGGGGUGCAUAGGUUAGCUUCACUUACAAAACAGAAGGAACUCUCUGAGAACACUACGGUACUAACGCAUCACGUGGCCUUUAUUUUAUAUGGAAAGCCAUUUGGUUUUUCUAUAAUGAAAGCUUUAAAAAUCAACAUAAUUCCCUCCAAAUAUUCUUUCUUCCAACCAUCAAAUAAUAUUCUUCUGGUAGACCUUUUGUGCAGUACUUUGAUAUCUUACCGAUGGAGUGCUGUGAAGAUUGUAUUUGUCCCUUUAUUCUUUUUGCAUUUGUUUAAACACUUGCAAAACUUUGGGAAAGGCAGAGGUUUCCCAUCAAGAAAAUAAAUGAACAGAAAAGGGCAGAGAUGUCAUGCAGGCUCAGGAAUCUAUACACAUUUUUAAAAGAAUAUAUUUCAUAUGAUACAGUGAUCCUUCUGCAGAGUCUGAGAUGCUUCUUUGUGGGUUUGCCUGGACUGGAAUAAGCCGAUCUGUGCUUGUGUAUUGGUAUCAUAAUUCUUUACAGAUGCAUAUUUGUAUUCCUGAAUUAUGUACUCACAAAAAAUGUUUCACAGCAGUUGAAACCAGCACAAAAACUACUUUGAACUCAAAUCUUAUUUUUGUCUGAAAUCUUGAUUAGUUUGUUCAGAACAAUAAAAUACAUUUCUGGCUCUUA